UGUUUAAAUAAAUAAAUAAUAAAUUUUCUAUUCACAGAAUCAAAACGGCUAUAUGAGUCACAUCACAUCAGCUGGUAAUCGAAGCUCCAUUUAUAUUUAACUAAUUUAAGAUUCGAAGGUUCUUGUAGCCGUAGAUUUCUUAUCAAAUGAACUGGACUUAUCUAAUAAGCUGAUUUCAGUAUCAAUAACUGGCUUUUGCGUUUUUGUUCUUAUUGGAGGCGAUAGUACUACGUAAGUACAACAGCACGGCUCCCUUGUUAUGAUUCUUCAACAUCCAUUCUUAUAAAAUAAAGGAAAAUGAGCCGUAAAUGGUCAUUGUGGGGUAUACCGUGUCAACAAAUUUGAUUACCCUUUAACAUACUUGUUUGCUAAUAAUAAAACGAGCGUGUCUUGCUAUUUUGGAAUUAAUCUAAUAAAUAACCGUAAAUGAGUAAGAACGAUUUCGGCGAAUUAUAUGAAGCAACAUCAAAGCACAUAAAGCGGUUGAUCAUACUUGCUGAUUCGAAAAAAUAUGCUACUGCGGAAUUUGGUGAAUCAUUAAAAUCAUUUCUGAAUAGUUACAGCCCUGAAGACGCACCAACAAAUAUAACAGAGUAUCGUACAAAGGUUGCGGUAGAUAUAUUGUCAAAGUUAUCAGUUUUCAACAACCUUAUAUCUAUUUAUCGCGAAUUAGGAAGAAUGGCUAUUCCUUUAAGUUAUUCUACAUUCAAUCCACUCCCUUGUGAAAAAUGGGUCCUCAAGCUGAUGGAAUUUCAACAAUCAUUGACUAAUUAUAUGAUCGUUAGCAUAAGCUUCACACAGAAACUGAUCAAAUCUGAUAUAUAUUUGACGGAAGUACGGCGUAUCUUACAUGUCAUCAGUACUAUGAGAAUGUCUGAGGCUAUACUUCCACUAACAACUUUAAUUAUUUGUGCAUUAAAUACUGCAUUAGCUUAUGAAUAUAAUUCUUUUACAAAAAUUCUUAGAGACUAUGGUCUACGUAAUAUUUUAACGCGCUAUACUUGCCAUGAUCCAAAAAUUAAAUUGGCCAUAAACAUUUUUUUAACGUUUACCUAUACUGAUAUCAGUCAACUUCAUCUAAAAGAACAAUAUGUUGAACUUUUCGUGCAACAGUUCCAUUAUACUGUUAUUGGAAGAAGAAAAAAUCAUUGUUUUGAUGCCUCUAUUCUCAUCAAAGUGCUCCGUCUUUUGGCUCUAAACUCUGAAAACAGAAUUGAGCUUGUCAAUCGUGAUAUCGUGCAUCACUUGAUAUUGUUACCUGAUUCUCAGUCAUAUGGCACAAAUGAAUUAUCAACUACUAUACAUAUCUUAUCAUCAAACGUUCCAGUUAUUGAUGCUACCCAAGAAAUAUUGUCACUAGCAGAAGCAUAUCGCAGUAACAUAGCUGAAUUGGAAGAAAAAGUUCGAACAUAUUUUGAAGGUGUUAGUAUUGAUGAAUUCUUACUUCCAACUGAACCUGAUAUUGGUGAUGACCAAAGUGAAGAUACACCAUCUGUCGUGGUAGAAGAAGGAAAUACCUACCAUCUGGAUGGACAUAUUAUGAUAAGCUACAGUCAUAACGAUUACAAAAUAGCACUUAAAAUUAAAGAAAGCUUGGAAAAUGAGGAAAUCAAGUUAUGGAUUGACAUAGAACACAUGGUUCAACAUAUUAAUAUUUUAGAUGCUAUGGCAAACGCUGUAGAAAAUGCUGCUAUCGUAUUAAUACUUUUUUCGAAAUCAUACCAAGAUAGUGAUAAUGCUAGAUCAGAAGCUGAACGCACUCGACAACUAAAUAAACCAGCUAUUUUUCUUCGUGUUGAGCCGAAGUUUGUUGCAAGUGGUUGGCUGGGUUUCAUAAUGGGCGCGACUCGUUAUAUUGACUUUUCCGGGAAAUAUCCGUUUGAGGAAAAAUUUGAAGAAUUAUGCACUACAAUUUUAGAAACAUCACUCUCCCAUUCGGAAGAAGUUUGGUUCUGUAAUUGAGUUUCCAGUUAAUUUUGUAAUAUGUAAUUGAAUAUAUUCAUGAAUUCGUACACACGCAUAUUGUUUAUCUUCGUUACUGUAGCACAAUAUUAGUCGUGGAUCGAUCAUUGUAAAACCCAAGAAACCAAAAAAAAACACAAGAAUAUGCAUGCGUUUCAAUGUGAAGAAAUGGAGAUUCAAAAAGUACUGGGUCCAACUUAAAAACCUACUUUGAUCAGCUGGAAAUCCUUCUCCUUUAUGUUUUUUUUUACUCUAAUCCGUUUAUUGUUUAUAAAUGAUUUUACUAUCAGUGAUCAGAAACUUUACUAACGCUUAUUUAACUUUAAUUUUUUCUAUCACAUUGAAAUAUAAUAUAAUGUAUUCUAUGCGA